AUGCCGGGGUCUAACGCAGAGACGAUCCGGAUCUUGGUCUCGACGGACAACCAUGUUGGGUACAACGAGCGGGAUCCGAUCCGGGGGGACGACAGCUGGAAGACGUUCCACGAGGUGAUGUGUCUCGCGAAGGAGCGGGACGUGGAUAUGGUCCUGCUCGCGGGCGAUUUGUUCCACGAGAACAAGCCGUCGCGCAAGUCGAUGUACCAGGUGAUGCGGUCGCUGCGCAUGAAUUGCCUGGGGGACAAGCCCUGCGAGCUGGAGAUGCUGAGUGACGCGAGCGAGAAUUUCCAGGGGGCGUUCAAUCACGUCAACUACGAGGAUCUAGACAUCAACGUGGGCAUUCCAGUGUUUUCCAUCCACGGGAACCAUGAUGACCCAUCCGGCGAGGGCCACCUGGCGGCUCUAGACCUGCUGCAGGUUUCAGGCUUGCUCAACUACUAUGGACGGACCCCGGAGUCGGACAAUAUCCAGAUCAAGCCGGUGUUGUUGCAAAAGGGCCGCACAAAGCUUGCCCUGUAUGGUAUGAGCAACGUGCGCGAUGAACGACUCUUCCGUACCUUCCGCGACGGCAAGGUCAAGUUCUUCCAGCCGUCGACUCAGAAGAGCGAUUGGUUUAAUCUGAUUUGCGUCCACCAGAACCAUCACGCCUACACGGAGACUGGCUACCUGCCCGAGAACUUUCUGCCAGAGUUCCUCGAUCUGGUGAUUUGGGGCCAUGAACACGAGUGUCUUAUCAACCCACGUCGCAACCCAGAGACUCAUUUCCAUGUCAUGCAGCCCGGGUCCUCGGUGGCGACCUCUCUGGUCCCGGGAGAAGCAGUCGCGAAGCAUGUGGCGAUUCUCAGCAUUACGGGCCGGGAGUUCAAGUGCGAGCCCAUCCGGCUGCGAACCGUGCGGCCUUUCGUGAUGCGUGAAAUCGUCCUGUCGGAAGAAAAGGGUGCCCGGAAGCUUGCUCGGAAGGAAAACAACCGGACCGAGCUCACUCGCUUCCUGAUGUCCAUUGUGGAAGAGCUUAUCGAAGAGGCCAAAGCAGAGUGGCUGGAAAUUCAAGAAGGCGAGGAGAAUGAGGAGGGAGAGGAGGGAGUACAGAUCCCUCUGCCGCUCGUACGCUUGCGGGUUGAAACCUCGGCGCCUGACGGUGGGAGCUUCGAUUGCGAGAACCCCCAACGAUUCUCUAACCGCUUCGUUGGUAAGGUAGCCAACGUGAAUGAUGUAGUGCAGUUUUACCGCAAGAAAAAGAACGCCACGGCUGGCAAGAAGGACACGGCUCUGGAGGAUGCUCCGAUCUCGCAUCUUACCACUCUCGACACCGUGAAAGUGGAACAGUUGGUUCGAGAAUUCCUUGCUGCGCAGUCACUCAGUAUCUUGCCCCAGAACUCUUUCGGAGACGCCGUCACCCAGUUUAUUGACAAGGAUGACAAGCAUGCGAUGGAGAUGUUUGUGAACGAGUCGUUGGAGAACCAGAUGAAGCAUCUCAUGGCUCUAGAUCGAGGCUACGAGGAUAUGGACGACGAAGAGGCGGCGCAAAGUUCUCUUCAAGCGGCGAUGGAGAAAUACCGUACGCAGAUGGAAGAGCUGUUCGCCAAGGGCACAAAACGGCCAAGCAGGGGCAAGAGACGGUUUAAACCCAAGCCUGACGGAUGGGAUACCGAAUUCGAUGGGGUGUGGGAAGACCAGCCUGGGGCACUCAUUCACUCCGACAGCGAGGGCAAUGAUCCCAAUGGAGAAGAAGAUGCUGCCGAGGAUGGUACGGAGCCCGCUAAAAGAACCAAUACCUCCACUCGAGGACGUGGCCGUGGCCGUGGCCGUGGAGGCAGGGCUGCAGCGGCCGCUGCCACGACCCGCAAAACGACUGGCAAGACCACGAAUACGAAAAAGGCGGCGGUUACAGCUAAUACCGGGAGGGGCCGUCGCAAGAACGCCAUCUCUUCAGAUGAAGAAGACGAAAACGAUGUCAUCAUGUUGGACACUGAUGAUGACGAUAUCGAGGAGCCGUCAGUCACGGCCCACCGUGUUGAAGACGACGACGACGACGAUGAUGAUGAUGAUUCCCAGGCACUUUUCGUCAAGCAGCCGCGGUCUACUACUACUACUACUACUACUACUACUACUAAAACACGAAAUGCAGUUCCUCCAUCUACUACGACUCGCCGCACCGCCACACGCAAAGCUGUGUCUCCCGCCCCCUCAUCCGCGACGCUGGGUGCCUCAGGAACGCGUCGAGCCCCCGCGCGCUCGACAGCAGGGGGAAGAAGCAAGCAGGCCACCCAGAUGACGUUGAACUUCACCGGGUCUCAAGCGAGUCAACGCAGCACUGGUCGAGCGGGGCGGGCAACGAGACAGAUGAGCGAGGAUAUUGACGAUGACGACGAUGCGUUUGAGCCCAUGCCGAGUACACGGCGAAAGUAG